GCCGACGCCACCGCCGAGCGCACGCGCGUCGCCCUGGAGAAAGUCGUCAACGGGAAGAUCGUCGCCGCAAAGACACACAACCCGCACGUCCUCGCCCGCAAGGAGAAGCCCUCCUUUGUCCGAUACACCCCGGCCAACACCAACACCGCCCACAACUCCGGCGCCGCCCAGCGCAUCAUCAAGCUCGUCGAGGCCCCCGUCGACCCCAUGCUCCCGCCAAAGUUCUCCAUGACCAAGGCCCCGGUCAACCCACCUAGCCCCCCCGUCCCCGUCAUGCACUCCCCCGAGCGCAAGCUCACCAAGAAGGACGCUGCCGACUGGAAGAUCCCACCAGUUGUCUCCAACUGGAAGAACAACCGCGGCUACACCAUUUCCCUCGACAAGCGUCUCGCGGCUGAGGGCCGCGACCUGCAGGACCACUCCAUCAACGACCGCUUCGCCUCCUUCGCCGAAGCCAUGUACUCAGCCGAGCGCACCGCGCGCGACGACGUCGAGAAGCGCGCCCACAUACAGCGACAGGUCUCCAUCCGCGCGAAGACUGCCAAGGAGCAAGAGCUCCGCGAGCUCGCCGACCGCGCCCGCCGCGAGCGCAAGGGCUAUCUCGGACUGUCCGAGGCCACCGACACGGAGAGUGUCGCCGCGACGGAGCCCACGCGCGCGGGGGUUGCGCCGCGUGCGCCGGCGCCGGUGGAGGCUGCACGCCAGCUGCGCGACGACGCUCCCCCCACGCCAUCGCUGCGCAGAGAAAUGCGGGAGGAGCGCGACCGCGAGUUCCGGCAGCACAGCUACAUUCGCGAGGAGUCGACGGCGCCAACUCUCAAGCGGAGCAAGCUCUCACGCGACCAGGAGCGCGACCUGGCCGAGCGCGUCGCGCUCGGGCAGGGCACGGGCGGUGGAGUGGGCGGCGGGGAGGUGCAGUACGACCAGCGGCUGUUCAACCAGGACGGGGCGCACGGACGCGGGCAGAGCUCGCUCGCCGGAGGAUUCGGCGCGGAUGACUCGUACAGCCUGUACGACAAGCCGCUGUUUGCCGGCGGGAACGCGUCGUCCAAGUUUUUGUACAGGCCACCCAGGAACGAAGGCGAAGAGGAGGCAGGCGCGGGCGGCAGGAGAGGAAAGGCGGAUAGGCCGUUUGGGGGUAGUGUCGCGGCUGGCGCGACGGGGGCUUCGAAGGGUGGGGCGGUGCGCGAUCGGCCCGUGGAGUUUGAGAGGGAUACGGAGCUUAAGUCGGCCGCAAACGAGGACCCGUAUGGGCUGGAGCAGUUCUUCACAGAGGCGAAAAAGUUUGAGAAAGAGGCAAAGGACUGA